AUGAUCAUCCAAGCGAUAAUCAUCAUAUUGUUGGCUGUGAUAAUAUACUUGAAAGGUGUGUUCAACGAACGGUACUGGAAGAUGCGUGGUGUGGUGUUUUACCAGAGGAACAAAGUGUUCGGUGUCGCCUGGGACUGCUUGAUGAAGAAUCGUGCGUACUUCGAACACUUCCAUGAGAUCUACAAAAGAUUUCCCAACGAACCAGCCGUCGGCUUAGGAUCGGUGUUGAAACCGACGAUAUUCCUCAGAGAUUUGGAGAAUAUUCAACACGUGAUGGUCACAGAUUUCAACGCCUUCAACCAUAAAGGAAUAGAAGUGAUCGAGGAGGAUGUGCUAGCGAAUAACUUGUUCAUCAUGAAUGGAAAGAAAUGGAAGGUGGUGAGGCAAAAAAUGAAUCCUUUGUUCACUCCGAGCAAACUGAAAUCGAUGUUUGGUAUCAUCGAUAAAAGUGCUCGAGAUAUCGUUCCGUAUAUUAAGAAUAAUAAAACUAACACGUUUGAAACGUUGUCAACAUUUUGCAGUGCUGCGAAAUCAGCAAUCGUCUUCGGAACGACCACGGAAUCGAUUUUCGACUCGCCGUUUUUGAAGAUGGCGCAAAAAGUGUCGCAGCCGACGUUCGCGUUCUAUUUGAAAUUCAUUGUGAGUGUCACUAUGCCGAUAUUAAUAAGGGUAUUCAAGAUAAAGAUUUUCAACGAAUUCGAAGAGUUCUUCGUGGGUGCGAUCAAGAAGUUGCUACAAUCAAGACAAAAUGAAAACAUCAAAAGUCACGAAUUUGCGGAUUUAUGUCUAUCGAUCAAAGACGGUGGCUUGAUGAAAGAAGACGAUUUAGAAGUUGAACCGACUGAUGAGCUACUUGCCGCCCAAGCUUUCUUCUUCUUUGCUGCUGGAGUGGAACCCACUGCUACAGGUAUUUUCAACACUUUAGUUCUCCUGGGUCAAAAUCCAGACGUGCUCAAGCGUUUACAUGAAGAAAUUGAUAACGCAUUUGAAGAGAAUGAAGGUAGCAUAUCCUACGAUCUCAUUUCGAAUAUGGAAUACCUUGAUAUGGUAUUCAGUGAAGCGAGCAGAUUCUACCCACCCAUUGGCUACCUUAUGAGGGAGUGUGUUAAAGAUUCCAUCUUACCUGCAGGUAAUAUUAAAAUCGAUAAAGGCACGACGGUAUUUCUGCCGAUUUAUUCGAUACAUCACGACGAAAUAUUCUAUUCAGAUCCCGAAGUGUUUAAUCCAGAAAGAUUUUCUCGUGAGAACAAAGCAGGUAUCAAUGAAAAGGCGUACAUUACUUUUGGAAAGGGCAACAGGAUAUGUAUAGGCAUGCGAUACGCGAUCUUACAAGCCAAAGCGGGGAUUGUUCAAUUGCUACGUCAUUUUAUAGUGAAAACAACAUUUGAGGAGGGCGUUAAGUUUAAGAAGGAUCAACUUCAAGUCAGGUUGGAGAACGUAGAUGUCGAGUUUAUUGAAAGAACAGAUUAUGCUGGCUUGGGCGAUGUCAGUGCAGGAUCCAAUGGAAGCACCGUUUUAAAUUAA